UUUCCUUAAAGAGUUGUAUAUAUUUUGAAUUGGUUUCCGUCAAAUCAAACAAGGAAAAUAGUAGAGAAAAACAAUGGGAGAUCAAUUAGCGAAAGGAGAAGAAUUCGUGAAAAAGGCUGAGAAAAAGCUGAAGAGCUGGGGCUUGUUUGGUUCUAAAUAUGAAGACGCCGCCGAUUUAUUUGAUAAAGCCGCCAAUUGCUUCAAGCUUGCCAAAUCCUGGGACAAAGCGGGAUCAACUUAUGUAAAACUGGUGAAUUGCCACUUGAAAUCAGAAAGCAAACAUGAAGCAGCUCAAGCUUAUGUUAGUGCUGCUCAGUGCUAUAAGAAAACAUCUACAAAGGAGGCUAUAUCUUGCUUUCAGCAAGCAGUGAACUUGUUUUGUGAUAUUGGGAGGCUAAGCAUGGCUGCAAGGUAUUAUAAGGAAAUUGCUGAAUUAUACGAUUCUGAACAGAACAUGGAGCAGGCCAUGGAUUAUUUUGAGAAGGCUGCUGAGUUCUUCCAAAACGAAGAAGUAUCUUCUUCUGCCAAUCAAUGCAAGCUGAAAGUUGCACAGUUUGCUGCUCAGAGAGAACAAUACCAGAAAGCCAUUGGGAUCUAUGAAGAGAUAGCACGGCAAUCACUCACCAAUAACUUGCUGAAGUAUGGAGUUAAAGGGCAUCUUCUUAAUGCUGGCAUUUGUCAACUCUGCAAAAGUGAUGUUGUAGCAAUCACCAAUGCAUUAGAGCGGUAUCAGGAUCUGGAUCCAACUUUCUCUGGAACACGAGAGUACAGAUUAUUGGCUGACAUUGCUUCUGCUCUUGACGAGGAAGAUGUCACGAAGUUUACAGAAGUGGUCAAGGAAUUUGAUAGCAUGACCCCAUUGGAUUCUUGGAAGACUACCCUUUUACUUCGAGUGAAGGAAAGGCUGAAAGCUAAAGAACUGGAAGAAGAUGAUCUUACCUAAAAGAGCUUCGCUUUGCGAUAAUCGCCAUUGUUUUCCGGGUUUUUUAAUGGAUUGCUUUGCAUUGCGUCCGUGUGAGUAUAAUAAAACUAUUGGUUUAGGAAAUGUUUUACUGUUUGGCUUUGAAAUUUUGAAACUUGGCUGAUGAUUAUACUGUGCUGUUUUUGCUCCUAUUUUAUUGGCUUGGGUUCGUCCGAUAUGAAAAUGUUCAAUUUUCAGAAGUUUUUUCA